UCCUCCUCCACCCCCACCCCCCACGUCCCGGAGCCGAGGCCUGACUCCCGGUCGGGUACCCACCGUCCCUGCUAUCUUCCUGGCCGUCAUGCCUCUGUACGAGGGCCUGGGGAGCGGCGGGGAGAAAACGGCAGUGGUGAUAGACCUAGGAGAGGCUUUUACCAAGUGUGGAUUUGCUGGAGAAACUAGUCCAAGAUGUAUAAUUCCCAGUGUGAUUAAAAAAGCUGGCAUUCCUAAGCCUAUCAAAGUUGUUCAAUAUAAUAUCAAUACAGAAGAAUUAUAUUCCUACCUAAAGGAAUUUAUCCACAUACUGUAUUUCAGGCAUCUGUUGGUGAAUCCCAGAGACCGUCGAGUUGUGGUUAUUGAAUCAGUAUUAUGUCCUUCCCACUUCAGAGAGACACUUACUCGUGUUCUUUUCAAAUACUUUGAGGUUCCGUCUGUCUUACUUGCUCCAAGUCAUCUAAUGGCCCUUUUAACUCUUGGGAUAAACUCGGCCAUGGUCCUGGAUUGUGGCUAUAAGGAAAGCCUGGUGCUACCUAUAUAUGAAGGAAUCCCAGUUCUAAAUUGUUGGGGAGCGCUCCCUCUAGGAGGAAAAGCUCUUCACAAAGAGCUGGAAACUCAACUGUUGGAACAAUGUACUGUUGAUACAAGUGCAGCUAAAGAACAGAGCCUUCCCUCUGUGAUGGGUUCCAUUCCAGAAGGUAUCUUAGAGGACAUAAAAGUUCGUACUUGUUUUGUAAGUGAUCUGAAACGUGGACUGAAUAUCCAAGCAGCAAAAUUCAAUAUUGAUGGAAAUACAGAGCGUCCCUCACCACCCCCAAAUGUUGAUUACCCACUAGAUGGAGAGAAAAUUUUACAUGUUCUUGGAUCAAUCAGAGAUUCAGUUGUAGAAAUUCUUUUUGAACAAGAUAAUGAAGAGAAAUCAGUUGCUACUUUGAUACUGGAUUCUCUCAUGCAGUGCCCAAUAGACACCAGGAAGCAAUUAGCAGAGAACUUGGUAAUCAUAGGUGGCACAUCUAUGUUGCCAGGAUUUCUCCACAGGUUGCUUGCAGAAAUAAGAUAUUUGGUAGAAAAACCAAAAUAUAAAAAAACACUUGGCACCAAGAUUUUCCGAAUUCAUACACCACCUGCAAAACCUAAUUGUGUGGCCUGGUUGGGAGGGGCUAUUUUUGGAGCACUGCAAGACAUACUUGGGAGCCGUUCAGUCUCCAAGGAGUAUUAUAAUCAGACCGGCCGUAUACCUGAUUGGUGCUCUCUUAAUAACCCACCUUUGGAAAUGAUGUUUGAUGUUGGGAAAGCGCAGCCUCCUCUGAUGAAGAGAGCAUUUUCCACUGAGAAAUAAAAAUUUGAUUAAAAUUCAGCUUUGCUUUACUUCAGAUAUCUAUUACAGAUUGUGCAAAGUUUUAGGGUGUUCUGCUGAGAUGACUAAUGGAAAUGGAAGAAUUUCUGUAACGUUUGCUUUAUAUUUCUUUUGUCUUGUUUUUCUUGUAUAGUGGCAAAAUGGCAAGUGAUGCUAAUGAGGUUUGUUGUAUUUAUGUCAAUAAAAUAUAGUAAAACAUUUGA